GUUUUGAAUCACGGAGUAAUGCUUCUUUCGCCACAAACAUGACGGUACUAUUCGGCCCUACCUUCGGCAUUCCUUCCAGAUCUGUGCAUAGUAUACAUGCAGCGCCGUCCGCAACAGCUGAGCCCGCUGUGCUCAUGAUUCAUCCCCCAAGUUCCAACAUCUACAUACUUGGUAUCUCCCCCGACUACGUGCUCUGCCUAGGCCAUGAUGCAAUCUCGCUCCGGAUCCGCACCCUACAACCCUACACGCCGAUCAUCCAUCCCCACGACUCCACGACUCCACAGCACAAGGUUGAAGACACCGAACCAAUGAGCAAAAACUCAAAACACAGGAUCCAUCAUCCCAUCAUCCCAUCGUCCCACGACCCUCGAUGCCGAGUAGCCGCGGGGCCGCGUACCGGUAUCCGCGUACUGGUAUCCGCGCGCCGACGGAAGGACAAGCGGUCGUUGUUCAAAGCUCGAAGCCUCCGAGCGAGAUGUCGAGAGAUCUCGCGGGAGCUGGGCAGGAGCAAGAGCAAGAGCGGGAACAGGAUUGAAUGGUCGUCUUCGUCUCCUUCCUUUCUGCACCCACAACUUAACACAACACAACACAACAAUAACAACGAUGUUAACAACGACAAUAAUCCCGUGAUCCCGUGAUCGCAAGUACAUACUUCCCCGACCACCACACCACACCAUCCUCACCCCACCCCAACCAGACCACGACCACGAUACACUCACAUCAUCCUGCAUUCACACGACCAAUGUGACCCUCCAACAGUCAACUUCCAAGUCCCCACCCACGCGGCGCGGAGUUCGCAGUGGGGCACACACACACCCACCCACUGCCCACCACCCAUGGAGAGCCCACCACUCAGUGCCCAGUGAUCACGACCGUUGCACU